UGAGCUCCCGAAUUCAACUAAUUUAGACCGCGUUGUAGAAGCGCCUGGACUCGUGAGUGUUGUGCAAUUCAAGUGACAUAGAACUGUUCCGAGCCUCCGGAACUGCUAGAGAUCAAGUGAAAGUCUGUAAUUUCCCCCAUUUGUGUGGGAGUCCGAACUAAAGUGGAAAAACAAAGAAGAGCUUAGAAACAAUGGACCACCUGUUCCGGCAAAGGCGGAUUAGCGUGCCCAAGCGGACGAGCGAGCUGGUGGCGCUGGUGGCGGUGUCCUGCACUCUGUUCCUGUUCCUACACACGCGCGACCUCAGCACCCAGCUCCGGCGCAUGCAGGGCCGCCUCAACGAUGACGUCACCGCCUUCAACCACCUCACCGACAGGGCCGCCACAGAGCGCACGGAACACGCCGCAUUCGCUUCCGCGCAGGAGUACAAAGAAGCUUUGGAGGCGAUACGAAGGCACACUGGCGCUGAGCGGAGCAAACCGCAGCGUACCCUGGAGGCCGAGCCCGAGGAGUCGCAGCAGGAGAUUGACCAGGAGUACCUGGACGAGCUGCUGGUACCGGAGCCCUGGGAGCUCAACAAUACCGCUCGGGCUGGCAUGGAGCUGCUGUUCUUCAACCGCGUGCCCAAGGUCGGCAGCCAGACCUUCAUGGAGCUGCUGAGGCGGCUGGCCAUUAGGAACCAGUUUGGGUUCCACCGGGACGCCGUGCAGCGCGUGGAGACCAUCCGCCUGGCGCCGGCCGACCAGCAGGUGCUGGCGGGGCUGGUGGCUGCGCACGCGCCGCCCGCCUCCUACAUCAAGCACGUCUGCUACACUAACUUCACUAGGUUCGGCUAUCCAUCUCCAAUCUACGUGAACGUUGUCCGGGACCCCGUGGAGCGAGUAAUAUCGUGGUACUACUACGUCAGGGCCCCCUGGUACUACGUGGAGAGAAAAAGAGCGUUCCCCGAUUUACCGUUGCCUGACCCGGCUUGGUUAAAAAAGGACUUCGAGACCUGUGUGCUGAGUGGUGACCGCGAAUGCCGGUACAUCGAGGGCGAGACGCACGAGGGAAUUGGAGACCACCGACGCCAGACGCUGUUCUUCUGUGGACACGAGCCUCAGUGCACGCCUUUCAACAGCGUGGAAGCCCUACAGCGCGCCAAGCGAGUGGUGGAGCAGCAGUAUGCGGUGGUGGGAGUACUAGAAGACAUGAACUCAACACUGCUUGCGUUGGAAAGAUACAUCCCUCGGUUCUUCCAAGGGGCACUACGCUUGUAUUGGGAGGAGCUGAACACAUUCAACCGCAUCAACCGCAACGCGUUCAAGCCGCCCGUCUCCGAGGCUGUAAAACAAAUCGUCCGCGCUAACUUCACUAGAGAGAUAGAAUUCUAUGAGUUCUGCAAGCAAAGACUGCACAUGCAACUGCGGGCCCUAAGGGACCCUUCCAUCACACCCCCUACCACCAGGACCGCGAGGAGACGAAGAGCCCAAAGGAUAUUUAGGAGACCGCAGAAGUGAGACCCACAGACAGUUAGUUAAGUUAGUGUGAAAGUAUUCUAAAGACUACGUCUUCCUGCUUUUAGUGUAUUGUGGACAGUGUAAGUUCACGAUGGUCAGAGUUUGUAAAAAAGUGCGUCCUAAUGCGAUCCUUUAGGACAAAGUGGUAGCUAUCAUCAUCAUCAUUAUCAUUAUCAUCAUCAUCAUCAUCAUCAUCAUCAUCAUCAUCAUAAGACUCUUUAGCCCAUAUUUGCCCAGUGGGUCGUUUUUGACCCGUAAAACAGGUACUGUGAACAGAAACGCAACGUGAAUAAAAACAAGGAAGAAUAUAGUUCUGGGCACAAUAUGGGUAAAUUAAAAAAACUUCAUCCUAGAAUAUGUUAGAAUCACAGACACGUGACUUCCUUAUUUUCCCUGUAAUGUUCAUCUUUCAUUUAGCUACAUGGUCCUGAAAAUUUGUUGUUAUACUCGUAUUAAUGUAAUUUCUAUUCACGUUAUUUAAAAAGAAUUUGUCUUGUUAUUAUGUUAGCGUAGUUACGUUAAUACCAAACGAGCCUGUAGAAAAAGAACGCCGGAAAAAUAUACUGAAAGGUCGUCUGAAGGACAAUGGAACGUCCUAAAUUAAAGUCCAGACACUGCGUAGUGCGAUAAAGUACACGUAUAAAAUAACUUUGGGAAUAAAUUCUCCAUGUUUUGCAAAUACUUACGCAAGUCCAGAUCAUAAAAAGUUACCCUGAAGAGUGAAGGUGACUGCUUUUCCAGACCGCUUUAAAUACAAUAUAAGUUUAAUAAUUUUCCAUUAAAUAAAUUGGAGGUGAUCAUUGCACCGAUCUCAUCUUAAUGUGUGAUCAUGUAACGUACUUAUUGUAUUCGCCUUUGUGUUUCAUCAUCAUCAUCAUAAUUUCAGCCAUAGGACGUCCACUGUUGAACAUAGGCCUCUCCCAAUGAUUUCCACAAUGGCCGGUUGGUGGGGGCCUGCAUCCAGUGCCUUCUAGCUACCUUUAUGAGGUCGUUAGUCCACCUUGUGGGUGGACGUCCUACGCCUUUGUGUUUACCUACAGAUAAAUAUUAGACUUUUGACUAUCCACAAAAGACACCACAUGUUAAGUUAAAAUAUUGAUCGGCCAUUCUCAGAUUAGCUAGUUUUUACGUGUCCGGGCUGUUAAAUCCUUAAAAAUGACAAAUUAGAGACAUGCAAGUAUUUUUAUAUGUUACUUAACAACCCUGUCCAGUUGUGCAUAAAAUCAUAGGCCUCUAUUUUAAGUGUAAGUGGCUAAAUUAAUUUCAUGAACCUCUGUUCUAUAAUUACCGUGACGCGUCCGCACACCGACUUACUGUUAAAAGGUGGCUGUAAUUUUUAUGUCGUAUAGAUUUAAAUUACUCCAUUCAACAUUUUAAAGAGUUUAUAAGAUUGUCUUAUGCUUGGCAAAAUAUCUAUUCAAUAGAACCAUUCUGUAAAUAAUUAUAAUUAAAAAACCGCUUGUCCGAGCUAAAGUCCUAAUUACCGUUACGUUUUCUGUUCGUGAUCAUACUAGCCUAAAUAAUAGUAUUUGACACAUCAUUACCUCGCGCGGCGUUAGCCCUUAGUUAGUGCCUUGAGCUGUUAGCAAGUGGAUGUCUAUUGCGUUGGUGUAACCGUCGAUGAAUUGCGUAAGAGUAUAAUUACCAUAUCUUUGGUUUUCAAUUUUUCUAAUUACCAUGUCCUUAUUUUUAUACUAGAUUUAUAAAGGUAGAUCCACGUUGUUAGUUUAAAUAGAAACAUUACUUUGACCUCCGUACAUUGUAGUAAGACAGAAUUUGCAUACCCUGCAGAUUUUGGAAAUUUUGAAGAAAAACUAUCGUUUUAUAAUUUCCAUGUACUAAUUGCCAUAUAUUUAUAAUCACCGUUGUAUGAAAUUAUUACCUACAAAUUGCACUCACGAUUGAAUAAGUAUAAUGAUAAAAUAUGAAAAAAUACCUAGACUUUCGCAUAACAUCUUUACGGACUUUUCUUCCAAUCUGACAUCAACAUUUUGAAAGCUUUCGUUAGAGUUACCUCGAAAUAGAUACCUCGAUUUCAUGACGAAUGUUAAGCUUCAGUUGCUGCAUGGUUGUUGGAUUAUAGAGUAUAAUAAUAUUUUAACUCUUAAGGUAACCCCAAAAAAAGAAGUUAGCUGGAGUGAAAUCGAGGCUUCCAGAUGCCCAGGAGAUGUCACCCCUGCGUGAAACAUGUCUCGUACCAGAUAUUUAUUUUUACUAUUAAUAUCAUUGAUAUUAGCAUGUUAAAUCAUUAAUUAAUAUUAAUAUAAUACCAUUAAAAUCUAUCCAUAUUACCUUCGCCCUAAGAAGAGAUUGUCCAACAGUAAUUACCUGGCGUGAACACAUUAAGAACAAAAGGGAACAAAUGAACAGACAAUGGACUGCAUCUUACCUGCCUAGAAAAAACAUAGGUAUAGAAAAAACUUCGUGAUAUGCAAUGGAUAAUGGGCAGAAGAAUCUUGGAGAACAAAUUAUUACAAAUGCAUCCUAAGACCCAUGUAGACAUAUGGCAUCGACCCAGCCUUGCAAAUGUAGAAAUACUUUAACGUUUUCGAAAUAAAGUAUUAAAAAUCCUGAGCUGUGCACCUUGGUUUACAAAGUCCACUGAAGUGAUACCAAACGUCAAAGAGGAAAUGUAUUUGCUGCACCCCUUCUAAAUUCUGAGAACUUUACAAUCAGGCUCAGGAGAAAGCGAAUAGCGUCAAUCUGAAAACGUAUUGUAAAAGAAUCGAGGUGACAAAUCAUGGGAUGUGCAGAGCUGGUGGAACUGUCAUUAUUACAAAUUCAAUCCAAUCUAAUAAUGGCUGAUGGUUGAUCGCAGAUAGAUUUAAAAAGAGGAAGAAAACACCAAUAUCAUUUGUGAGACCAUUUGAGAUCCAUUAACUGUAUCCAUCGUUUGUACCACAUUUAAAGCAAAUGAUGAUGAUUCAGAUUCUGAUUCAGCUAAAUGCUCUUAUUUGAAAUGUGACACGUAGCCACACGUGUUUGUGUACAAAUUUAUGAAUGCAAGAUGUUGUUUUUUUGUUAUUUUACAUAUCUUUUCUAAUUACCGUUACAUUAAGUAUUAGCCUUAUCUAAUUACCGUGACCAUAAAAUUUUUGGGUCUCAUUUACGCGGAAACCGCUUUGAAUAUUUUGACGCCUUUACGAUUGUUAAAUUCGUACUUUACAGGUGUUUUAUAUUUAAAUGCGUUUAAGUCAAUUAAGCCAAAUUUCAAAAAUGAUAUGGUAAUUAGGCUGAAAACGCCUAAUCGUGAGAAUGACCGUGAUAAUAUGACUGCCUGAAAUAUCACAAAUCGUGCUGAAAUCGCACAUUUAAUUAUUUAUUGUUCUUAAGCAUAAUAAAAUUAGGAAUAAGCUUUAAGCUUUUUGUAUAUAAUACUUUUAAGUUAAUCGCCUAAGUACAUUAUUAUUUUACUUUUUUUUUUAUGAAAUUGGUUGAUCUUUAUUUCUUUAUGUUUAAGCCAUGCUGUUGUAAUUAAUUGAUGUAUGUAAACAAAUAAUUCGGGCUAAGAGUUAGGUAUCAAUUUGUUAGGUGACAAAAUAAGUAAGAUAAAAUUACUUUAUUUACUUUCUUUAUUAACGCUUUACACUUUUAUCUACGGUAAGGUGAGACCUGUCGAUAAAACUACUUUCAUAAACAUUGUUUUGUUUAUACUUAUUUAAAGUACAUUUGUAAGCGUGACUAUACGUAAAGUUAAGAUUAUAUUUAUUUCGAUAUCAUCCAAUAAUUGUGAUAUAUUUCGCCUUAUAAAUAAAUUGAUAAGUAAUUGAAGCUAA